UGACGACACGAUCCAUUGGAGGGGACAAUAUCGACAUUUUUGAAAAAUCGUGACAAUUUUCCCAUUGAUGGCAAUAAGAAUUUUACAACUCCAAAUUAUUUUUCCGAUACAACAUCAGGUGAAGAGGAAUUUAAUAUCACGGAAUUAUGUUCCGAUGAGAGCUGUCAUCAAAAUGAUGAUGAUUGGUGGGAUGAUCUUGCUGAGGAAUGUCGACUUAUGCAAAUGACAAGUACAGUGGCAAAAAUUCGUUUAACAGCCGAAAUUUGUAUGGAAAUUGGAGCAAUUCUCUAUAUUAGCGCUGCACUAAGAGAAGCCAGAUUUCUUGGUCUCAAUAUGUUUAUCGAAAAUCUCAUGACGGCACCGUCUCGAGUGAUGUUUCUAUUUUCUUGUUGCAUUUUACUGACAUUUCCAUUUUUGAGGAUCGCCUGUGAAGACGAAGUUGAGGAUAUGCUUGCGGUUGUUGUCAUGUUAACGACAGCUCCUUAUUUUCUAUUCUUUUGCCGAGGAUUUAAAACUGUUGGACCUUUUGUCGUGAUGAUUUACAGAAUGAUUAUGGGAGAUUUAUUACGAUUCGUUUCAAUUUAUCUUGUUUUUGUCAUGGGGUUUUCUCAAGCUUAUUAUAUAAUAUUUUUGUCAUUUGAUAAUCCAAAUACACCAGAAGGUGUAGACGAUUCUGUUUCAAAUCCAAUGCCAUCGCCAAUGGAAAGUAUAAUGGCAAUGUUUUUAAUGAGUAUGACAAAUUUUGGUGAUUAUUAUGUGGCUUUUGAAAGAACAGCGCACGAUUUAGAAGCGAAGAUGCUAUUUGUUUUAUACAUGGGGAUUGUUGCAAUAUUAUUGGUUAAUAUGUUGAUUGCCAUGAUGGGAAAUACUUAUCAAAAAAUCGCAGAAACCAGAAAUGAAUGGCAAAGACAGUGGGCGAGAAUAGUGUUGGUAGUCGAGAGAGGAGUCAGUCCCGCAGAGAGAUUAAAAAAAUUAAUGGAUUAUUCAGAACCAAUGUCCGAUGGACGAAGAGCUUUAGUUUUAAGGCUUCAUCAGUCUGAAUCGGAUAAACAAGAAAUGAAAGAAAUCCUGGAAAUGAAGAGAACUCAUGACAAGCUGUCAAAAAAGAAAAAAGAGAGACUUCAAAAUUUAGAAAAAGAAAAAUUUGAAAAAUUGAAAUCAGAUUCUACAAUGAAAAUAAACAAUGAAUGAAGAAAGGGGAAGAGGAUAUUCAUUGUGUCGAUACUUCAUCAACUUUGCCGACUCUUCUAAUGAUUUAAUAACGUAUCAUUAUAAGCACGCAAUCGAAGUUAUUUCUUGUAUAUAUGGCAAAACUUGAGUAUAUGAUAUAGUAAAGAAAGAGGUUAAUUUCGCGAUCUUGUAUAUUCUUGAAAGAAAAUGAAACAAAUUAAGGUUUCAAAGUGAUUAUAACUGUUAUAAACUUGACUAACUCUAGUAGGUAGUUUACUAUUUUUUUCUACUUUAAUUUCAAUAUUACACUUAAAUUAUUUAUUAUUAAAUUUAAAAAAAUUUUAAUAAUUAAUUAAAAUUAAAUUAAAUUAAUAUACUCCAGUACAUGAAAACAAAUUCUUAUACUAUUUUUCAAUUCUCCACAAAAUUUUAGCUCAAUCUAUCAAGUAUUUUGCGAAAAAACCUGUAGAGAAUAUUUACAUGUGAAGUCACAACAAUGACAUGACCUUACGAACUUAAUUUGUAGAACAUUAUACAUUCAUAUAAAAAAUUCAUUAAUUAAGUUUUCUAUAAUUGUAAAUUGAAUA